AGCUCUAGUUCAUUCUGUGUCUGUGUCAAUGGCAGUCGCAAAUUCAGCUGAACAAGAGCAGCAAAUAUCUGAGUCUCUCAUCAACUUCAAGUGUGGGAUUGGCAACAACGAGGCUUUGCUGAGCUUUGAGCCACAAGGGGUUUGUCAAUUAGACACUCACAAUUGGGAUCAUCAGCGUGCCAUGGAGGAUCGCAGCCCUCCAAAACAUCAUGGAGAUCAUGGCCCUCUUUAUGGCUGCCUUUCUGAUGCCAUUCAAGACCCUGAAGCAGCUCAGGACAUAACUGGAAAUCACAAGCGAUCCCAUACGACGGGAAAUAGAAGUGGGGGUGUUUGUAAGAAGCAAUGUAAAUCAUCAACAGCCAAGGAUCCACAGAGCAUUGCAGCCAAGAAUCGACGAGAGAGGAUUAGUGAGAGGCUGAAGAUACUCCAAGAAUUGGUUCCCAAUGGCUCCAAGGUUGAUUUGGUAACCAUGUUGGAGAAAGCCAUUAGUUAUGUCAAGUUUCUUCAACUACAAGUCAAGAUCUUAGCCACUGACGAAUUUUGGCCCGUUCAAGGCUCCAGAUAUUUCACAAGUUAGGGAAGCCAUUGAUGCCAUUCUUUCAUCACAAAGAGAGAGAAGCUGAAGCUCAAACAGUCAAAAGUGAUAAUUCAAAUGAGCUAGCAACUGAAAUAUAUGCAUAUCACAAUGCACGCCAAUGCCUUACAAGUUCAUUGCUAGUCGAUAUUGUCUUCUUUUGGGCUUUCUCUUCCAGACUUCCCAGAAGUUUCCACAUCUUUAUCAGGAAUGCUUCGUCCCCUUUCCAACGAACGAGGGAUCUCACAAUCCACCCCCUUGAUGACCCAAUAUUCUCGCUGGCACACCGCCCCAUGUCUGGCUCUAAUACCAUUGUAACCGUCCAAGCCUACCACCGCUAAUACAUGUUGUUCUCUUUGAACUCCAACCGAUGAAACCUCACAAGUCUCACAUUUUU